GCCCAGCCGGAGCUUGAGCCUUGACUACCUGAGCCUCUCCUGCUACAGCCAGUGCAAGUUGCUGAGCUCUUUGAAGUUGUCUGGCCGGCUUCAGAGUCAGAGGUUGGAACUUGGAAGGAGGAGGCGCACAUUUUUGAAGGCAGUCUCAGGAGCAGACCUGUGCCAAAAGCUCUGGUUUGAUUGUUCACAAAUCCAUUCUUGUAUCAACAUUACGUCUACACAAGGUUGUGUACGAGUGAGUAGAAUUUUGCAGGAGGCCCUAGAGUACCCUGCUCUCUGUUGGUGGUUGUCAUAAUGAAGCUCUUCAUCGAGGUGGAGAUAAGCCCGGAGGAGCUGCCGGCGGCUGCUGAACUUUUCAAAACCCUCCGGACCCUGACCGAGCAUGUAAAGAUUCGCACCCCUGGCGCUGCCCCCAGCCACGCUGUUGCUGCGCAGCCGCCGCCUGUCCCGCCGCCUCUCCAGGUCCCCCCACAGCAGACUGCGCCCCAGGCGCCGCCGCUGCAGGCCCCCCCUCCUCAAAACAACCUGGCCCAGGUGUGGCCGCUGCUGAUCAAGAAGCUGUCCGACGCCAACCAGCUGAACCAGGUCGCUUCCGACAUCACCAGGCUCCUACAGGCGGGAACAGACACCGACAAGAGUUUCAAGGAUUUCCAGCAAGCAUUUGUGAAUGUCGUCUUCGACAAGGAGCUCGUCAUGCGCCAGCAGAGUGUGGUUCCCUACAUGUACCUAGUGCCCAGACUUCCUGAGCCCUUCAAAGGCAAGUUGAGAGAUGAUCUGAUUCCUCGAGUUUUGAAGCACUUGACGGUCAAGCGGCCAGUCGAUGCCAGCCGGGCGGACUUCUUUGCUCAGGCGGAAGCGUUCGCUGCCCUGGUCAACAUGGAGUUUGUCUCGAUCACGGGUGCGGUGACCACGAUCAUCACUCUGUUGAAGAAGCCGGAGAACCGGUGUGCGGCCAUCACCAUGCUCGGGAAGACGGUCGAACUCUGCCUGCAACAGUUGACGGAGAAGUGCGAGCCGGAGAGCCUGAACAAGUUGCGGGCAGCCCUGCUGGAGGUCACGGAAGAUGCGUUCCAUUACGACGUGGAGUACAUCGAGGAGAGCAUGGGCUGGACGCGGCAAGCCAACGGGAUGCCAUCCGGGAUGCCGGGGGAGAACGGGGCCUUUGCAGAUGUGGUGCGUGACCAGCUGGUGAGCGCCAGCCGCGACGGGACGCUGCUCGUCUGGUCGCCGGAGGGACAGGUGGUGGACACGCUGGCGGUGGGCGGCCACUACGCGUGCGGCAUGGACAUCAACCACGCCACCCGGACGCUCGUCAUGUGCGGAGUCACCAAAGACGGGUCGGUGCCGGUUCCCCCCCUGGUGACCUUGUACGAGGCGAACGCGCGCAGCUGGCAGGAGACCGGCUCCACGCUGCGUUCCAACUCCAAGCUCGUCUCCUGCAUUAAGGCCCUGGGCGAUCAGAGCGAGCACGCAUUCGUGACGGGGGAGACGCUGCACAGCCCGGGGGUGGGCGGCAGCACGGAGGUGGUGUGCCUGUACGACGUGGCCCACCAGCGCACCAAGGGCGCCCCCUUCGCCGCCAUCCAGCCCGUCCGCCAAUACGCCGAGCACACGAACCUGGUGACGUGCCUCUCGCUGUUCCCGCCCAACCCGAACGUGUUCUUCUCCGGCUCCCGCGACUGCACCGUCAAGGUCUGGGACAGGCGCAGUGACCGCUCCGUAGGCUGCUUUGGCGAGGCGCGGCCGGGCGGCGGCGUGCAGGCGCACAGCGCGAUGGUGACGUGCGUGGACGCGCUGGAGCCGUCGGCCAUUGUGUCGUCGGGCAUGGAGGGCACCGUGCACCGCUGGGACUUCCGCAAGCUCGCCACGCAGGCCGGCGCGGGCAGCCCCCCUGUGUCGACGCUGCACGUGGACGGGAGCGCCAUCAUGAAGGUGGCCCUCCGAGAUGCGCACACCGCCGCCGUCAGCACGCUGCGCGGCCUCUACACCGCCGACAUCGCAGCACCCGCACCGCAAGCUCAUGCGGCUACACCAUUUGCCGACAAGCGGCGGGUGGGUCGCUAUCACGACCUGCGCUGGGGCAAGGAUCGGAAGCAGCUCUUUGCUGGGGGGGAGGACUGCCGCGUCGACGUGUAUGCAGUCAAGUGAGGCACUCUCGCGCUAUGUGGGCAGGGCUCGAUCGGGGCUACGACAUAUGCAUCCUCGAGAUCAUUCGUUUCUAGGUCGCAUGGGCAUCAAAGAAGAGGCCGAUCGAAGCGUCAGCUCGAAUCUACACAAAUGACGUGACAUAAUCAAUUAGGUUUUCAGUCAGGUUCAUUUUUGACUUCAAGAGUUUGAUUGUGGGUAUUGCUUCAAGAUACAUUUUAAGCAAAUGGGUUUGUCGGUGCUUUAGCGUUAGGUACAAGGAGACUCCUGGUAUGUAGGCACCUUCAUAUACAAGUGAUCAUCGGGUUAUCUUUGUUGAGUGCGCUCCUAACUCUGAUUGGCAUAUGGUGACAGAGGUGGAUUUGAAGCAGUA